AUGGAUCACAAUCAAUAUUCUACUGAAGAUCCUGAGCUUGAAUUUCAACCAGAUUUACUCGAGAUUCAUCCACUUUUUGACCCAAAAACGAUUAAAAAUGACCUCUGCAUGAUCCACACUUCAGCAAAAAUACCAGUUUUCUCCGAGUCACUGACUUUGCCACCGAAAACCGCUUGUUUGCCGGAGCUUGAUUCCGAGGAAGAGUUGGGAAGAGAAUGUUUUAUCGCUGGCUGGGGCUUGAAAAAUCAACAAGGAGAUCGACCUUACAAUCUGCAAGAGACAGGUGUCCCACUUUUGGAUCAUCAGACUUGUGAUGACUGGUACAAGUAA